AUGUCUCAUCACUCCAUCCUUGGUACCUCUGGACACAAGCACUUCAGCUCCUGUUCAGUGGCUUCUCCUAAACAUGGCAGCUCUUACCACACAUUAUCUCACUCCUCCAAAUCAGCAGCUCAUGGUCAUAAGACACUGCAUUGCUUUAGCAGCAGAAGUGCCCAUAGUAUGAGUUCCAGGGGAAACAAGAUCUCAGUGGGAAGCUGCCAUUCUGGGAAAACUGGACACGGAUCUGGACAUGGAUCUGGAUAUGGAUCUGGUUUCGGUAUUGGAGGAAUUGGUUAUGGAUUUGGGGGAUCUGGUUGCUCUGGAGGUAUCAACAACGUUACUGUGAACCAAGGUCUUCUGGCUCCUCUCAACCUGGAGAUCGACCCAAGCAUUCAGCGAGUGAGGACUGAAGAGAAGAAUCAGAUUAGGGGACUGAAUGACAAAUUUGCUUCUUUCAUUGACAAGGUGAGAUAAUUUUAAUGAAUACGUGGAAUAAAGAAAUAACUUAAUUCGUAAUAUGCGGAUGUACUAUUUCUUCUUAAAAUAGUUAUGCAAAGGUUAAAAAGGGGGAAAAGUUACUUAAUUUUACACUUCUAUAGCCAUUUAUGCUGAUGGUUCAAACUGGUAUCAGUCAGUGUUUUUAUGUCUUAAUUUCAAGAGGUUAUGAGACAACACAAUUAAACUAUUUUGCAGUUUACAUCAAAAUAGUGUGCUUUCAGAAGCAUUUUUGCUACAGAAGCCAAUGUCUACCAAUACCAGGACUCUUUUUUUUUUAAAUGAAUAAAAUAUUAUAUAUUGCAAUCUAAGUGCAAUGUAAUUACAGCUAGAUCUACAAUAAGUGUUAACUAAUUCAUUAAGGUUUUAUCUAGAUAUGCUAUUACAGAACGAGCUACUAACUUCUGAAUGAUUUGGGAUACAAGUAAUGUCUAGAGCAGUGGUAGUCAAGUUUCAGCAUUCCAGAUGUUGUGGACUACAUUACCUAUAAUGCUCUCACAGUCAUAAUGCUAGCAAAGCAGCAGGGGACAUGCAUUCCACAACAUCUAGAGAGCCAAAGGAUGCCUAUCUCUGGUAUAAAGACUUGUAUGGGUUACUAAAUUUCUAUUGCAGUCUAAUAUUAAUAAUAAUACAAAUACUGUUUUCAUUACAUGGUGAAAUAAGCCAUGCUUCUAUGUCACUUGUAGUGCAGUUUACAAAUUUUCUAAAAUAUUAUUAGACACCUUGUACUAAAUAUAUAUGGUUUCUAACAAAAAGUAUAAAAUUAUUUUUUUUUCUAGGUUAGAUUUUUGGAACAACAGAAUAAAAUGCUGGAGACAAAGUGGUCUUUAUUACAAGAACAGAAAAGUGCCCACAUUCAGAUAGAACCACUGUUUGAGGCUUUUAUUGGUAACCUCAGGAGACAGCUGGAGAGUCUGGGAUGUGAAAGAGAACGUCUGGACUCAGAAAGGAACAAUAUGGAGCAAUCUGUGGAAGAACUGAGGAGAAGGUAUGCUGCUAUUUAGAUAGUUUAUAAUAUAAUAGAAUAAAUAAUUUAUUAAAUUAAUCCACUCUUACUGCAACAUCAUGGAGUUAUUCAGAAAUAUCAUAUAUAUCUGGGAAGAAAAUAAUAAAUGUCUUCAAUGUCUGCACAAUUUCCAACAUAUCAUUUGUCUAUAUUUUUGCAUGUGCUCUCUUAAAAUAUAUUUAAGAGUCCAGUCCACUUUAAUAUUAUUAAGAAGAAAAUUUAAAGUUAAAAGUUUCUUAAGAAAAAGCACCCUGUAUAUUUAGAAUUCUUUAGGCUUGUUAUUAAUGUUCAACAUUCUAUUGUAGAUAUGAAGAAGAAAUGAACAGACGCACAGCUGCAGAGAAUGAGUUUGUUGGAAUAAAGAGGGUGAGUGAUAUCAUAUAUAAAUUGUAAUUAUAUGUAAAAGAAUAGCAAAUAUAAACAUAUAUCUAUAAUUUUACUGUUACUAUGCAUUCAUCUCUUCUUCAGGAUGUAGACGCAGCUUUUAUAAAUAGAGCGGAAUUACAAGGAAAGGCUGAUUCCCUGAAUGAAGAGAUCAGUUUCUUGAGGACUCUGUAUGAUGCGGUAAAUAUAGUUUCACUUUUCUCUGUUGCUAAUUUGGAAAGAUUUAAUAUCCAUGACAUCAGUCAUUUUACAAGGAAUGCAAAAUAAAUAUGAAGUAUAUUUACGACCCCAAAUAUAUCUAAGUAUGUCAGUUUAGAAUUCCUUUAUGUUAAUAAUGAACUUAUUAUACGUGAGAAAAUUGAGUCUUUUACAACAUGCCUCGUCUGUUCUUUGUAUCCUCAUAGGAAAUUUCCCAGCUCCAGGCUCAGAUCUCAGACACCUCAGUGGUUGUGUCCAUGGAUAACAGUCGGAAUCUGGACCUGGAUGGAAUCAUUGCUGAGGUCAGAUCUCAAUAUGAGGACAUUGCUAACAGGAGCAGAGCUGAGGCGGAGGCCACGUACCAGUCACGGGUGAGUCUAUCCAAUUCAAAUCAUACAGAUCAUUAACUAUAAAAAAAUGUUUCUAUACUAAUUUUUCUUGCAUUUGGUAGUUUGAGGAGCUUCAGACAGCGGCAGGAAGGAAUGGGAACAAUCUGCAGAGCAGCAGAGAUGAGAUCUGUGAAUUAAAUCGUGCAAUUCAGGGACUGAGGGGAGAAAUCGACAAUGUGAAAGCACAGGUAAAACAUGUUUUACAUCAAGUGAGUCAACCAGGUAGUUGAAGAGAGAAAAUUAAAUAAAAUUUAGAUUCAGCAAAAUCAGCACUUCAAUUGAUAUUGUUAACGUUUCCCAACUGUAUUCCUUUGAAAUAGUUACAAUCAAAAACAGAAGUGUAACUACAAGUAAUAUAUUAAUGUAUAAAAACAUUUCAGCGCUCUGCACUUGAAUCUGCAAUAAAUGAAGCUGAGGGACGUGGAGAAUCUGCUGUCAGAGAUGCCAAGAACAAGCUUUCUGAGCUGGAAGGUGCUCUACAAAAGGCCAAGCAGGACAUGGCUCGCCAACUGCGAGAAUACCAGGAGCUGAUGAAUGUGAAACUAGCACUGGAUAUUGAGAUCGCCACCUACAGGAAGAUGCUGGAAGGAGAGGAGGGCAGGUGAGUGCCAUAUCCUACUGAGAAUUUACUAGGUAUUCAAACAAACCGUACAUUCAUCAGGUUUCUAACUGUGGACCUACAUCUCUAUGUUCCUAUAUGUUUUCAUCAUUGAGUCUUUUAGCAGGACAAAUUUUAAUAGCAAUCUCUUUAUGUCGAUCUCAACAUCUCAGUUCUUUAAUCUGCUCUUUGUUGUUUUAUUCUAUAAUAGUAAUCUUCUGCAUCAAGUUGUAAUCUCUAAAACAAUGCACCUGUAUCAGACAUUAUAGCAGUACUUUCACUUCCUUUGAUUUUUAAUACAUGUUUACUUAUCCCCAUAAUAACAAAUAUGUGUUUGCGAGAAAUAGUGGAAAUAGUAACACGCAUUAAAAGAGAACUAGAAAAUUAGAAAGACAAAUAUAUGCUUUGAAUGUUAGAGGUACUCCUGGCUAUUAAAUUCAUGCCCCCCUUUCUAACUAAAAUAAAACAGUUUCACUUUGCUUUAAUCCCAUUCCAUGACAUUCUUUCUAAGGCCACCAUUCCAUCUCUGUCUGAGAUCAUCAUUACUGAAUAUCUUAACCAAUAUUCUGUAGACAAGCAUUCAGGGUCUACUGAGCACAUAGAUAUAGAUAUCUUCACACUGUGCCAAUCAGCAUCUCUUCAUAGAAAUGCAUUUUUCCAAUACAUCUUUAUGGAGAGCAUACAGCAUCUUCACGCACAGCCUGAGGAUUUUGAACAUCGGCCUUGCCAAGCUUGCAUCUUCUAAAGGAGCGAUGUAAACAUUGCCUUUUCACAUACAAGGUGGUGUUUACAUCGUAGAGACUGCAGUGAAGUCUCAUUUCAUCUAAACACUAUAUUCAGUUGCAAUUGUUCUGGUGCUAAGAGUGCCCAUUUAAAAGAUAGUAUUAAAUGGUAUCUGGAUAUUAAUUAUUGGUGCUACACCUCAUGUUGUCUUUAUUGAAAAUAACAUUUUUUUAACAGAAGGAAUAUGCUUAUUUUUGCACAUUUGUAUUGGGUUAUGUGACUGUCUACAUGAUACCCUUUAUAAGUUACAGAUAUACUUAUUUUUGUAUACAGGACUGAGGCCUCCCAGGAAGCCAAAACAUUUUUCUUCUUGUAGACGACAGACUCCCAGUAAACAUACGGCACAUACCAGCUGUUUUAACCUUUAUUACAUAGUGGUUGCAAAAAAGAUAUCACAGAUGUAACUCACUAAGGUUCUAAAAUAAAAAAAUAAAAACUAUACAUUUCAAAUAGAAUUCCAAAUGUAAAAGAACUAUACAUUUGAAAUCAAAUGCCAUUACAUUAUUAUCACUUAUUAUUUUGACCAAAUGUAAGAAAGUAAUUUAAACUAAUACUUUUUAUGUUUUGUUUUAGGUUGACUGCACAUGACUCUGUUAAUAUAUGUAAGUGAGGCAAUAUUUAAACAAUUUAAUUAAAUGUUAACGAGGAAAUAUGCAUACACAGAUUAAGCGUGUAACUCACUUGUUAAUGUCACACUUUAAAUUCUGAAUAAGGUACACUGUCACGUUCCUCUUUCCAGUGUUAAAUUGAUCUAUAUAUUGUUUUACACUGUAGGCAAUGUUAGUAACAAUUGCUGAUUAUCAUGUAACACACAAACACGUGGUCACCCACACAUACAUAUACAAAUGUGCUUAUUAAUAUACUUACUCUAUAUGUGUAACAGAUCUUAAUGUAAAAUUUUAAGUAAAUAAACUGUAAUAAAACAGAUUUUAAUAGUUAUUUUAAGAAGAGUCUUUAAACUUUUUUUAAUUAAAUGAUUUUUUUAUUUGCAAAUUGUCCCUCGUUAUGUAUAUUUCUCUAUAUAUUUCAUAUUUAUUACAGACCUAAACUGGCUGCUUCUAUGGUUGAAGGUUUCAGUCCAGUCAAGUACAAAUAGUUAACUUUCUACAUCCAUGUUUUUCAGCAAAUAUUUAACAUUCUACCUUCAUGUCUUUCAGCUGUGCUACAUUCUAGCACUGGAGGAAAAUCCAGCUCAGGAGGGAAGUCCGAUGGUACAAGUGAUCAUAAGGGAGGAUUCAGUGCAAGCAGUGGGAGGAGCUUUAGCCACCUCUCCAAAAGCAAACACAGCUCUGGCCACGGACACCACUGCUAA